GUAAGGGAACGUCGUGUCACCUUUCGGGCGAUAUUUUGUGAUACUAUAGCAAGUUUUAAGGCACGUAGCCAACACUCAACUAGAAUCCUUUGUGCGUGUUAUCAUUCAAAACGAAGUUUUAGAACUAUAUAAUAAGGCCCGCGAGUGUAAGAUGCUGACAUCGUGACAGCAAUGAGAGUGAGCGCAGGAAAGGACAACUAGAAAAGCACCGAGAGACCUUGCUGCAUACGAGGCCUAGGAGUAUGUACAUGGGCGUCGUCCUUUGGAUCUGCGUGGCCGUGCUGCUCCCUUGGGCGGCCGCGCAAGGGGACUCGGGCGAGGCAGUGUUCCGGAGGAGGAAGCUUUGGGGAGACGAGCAUGAAGAACCCUACGUCAGAAUGUCCUUUCCCAAGAAAGGCGCCAAGAAGGAUGCCACGUGGCUGGUGGCGGCGGGGCGCUCCGUGAUCCCGGGCUCCGUGUACCGCGUGGCGGUGCAGGCCAUCCACACGUCGCAGCCGCUGGCGAUCCGCGUCGGCCUCGCCCACGCGGGGGAGCAGGUGGCGGCCGGGAAGGCGUCGCUCAAGCCGGGGGAGCUCAGCGAGAUCCUCAUGAAGGUUCCCGACUCGAGCGUGGACGGCCAGUGGCAUCUGCGGGUGGAGGGCCGCGAGGGCCUGGGCGCCGCCUUCAAGCGGGUGGCCAACCUCACGUUCACUGGAAAGUUCCUCAACAUCCUCAUUCAGCCUUCCCGGCCCGUCUACAACGCCGGCCAGACAGUCCGGUUCCGUGCGGUCCUUCUUACCAGGGAACUCCGACCUUACGACGAGCCUGUAGACGUCUACGUGUUGGACCCACGAGGCCGCAUCAUGCGGCGCUGGCCUUCCCGUCAGACAGGCCACGGAGUGAUCAACCUGAGCUUCGAGUUGCCCAGCUACCCUCUGACCGGAGAAUGGACGCUGCGGGUGCACGCCAGAUCGCAGGUCGAGGACAAAGCCAUUCAAGUCGAGCACUACUUCAAACCCAGGUUUGAGGUAUUUGUCCGCCUUGCGCCGACCAUAAAAACGACAGAGGAGUACGUGGAGGGCGUCGUGGUAGCCAACAUGACCAACUGGAGAGACGUUUUGGGCAACUGCACCCUCAAGCUGCAAUGGGCGCGCCACUCGCCCGAAGAGCUGCCCACGGUCUUCCAGGACGCGCACGUGGAGUUCAUUCACGAGUUCCUGGGCUUCUAUGCUUUCCAACUUCCGCUGUCGGAGGUCGGAAGUCAACUGAACGGAGGAGAUUACGAGAACGUGAGUGUGCGCGUGUGGGCGGCCGUCGGCGACGCCUUCGGCUGGCAGAUCCAGGAGGGAUGGGCGAUGUCUCGGCUGGUGCAGGAGAAGGCCAAGGUUGCAUUUCUGGGCGACCAGCCUUUCAUCUUCAACCCAGGGAUGCCCGGCACAGUACACGUAUUUGCGUCGUACGAGGACGACCAUCCCCUGGAGGAGGAGGAGCUCGAGGACGCGAGGAUGACCAUCGUGAUCAAGGCCACCGGAGGAGCUACCACGCUGGAAGAGGUGCUGGUGCCGGGCGCGCAACUACUGGAAAAAGGCGGUGUUGCGGAGAUCACCUUUGACAUCCCUGAGGACAGCUUGGGCCUAAGGCUGGAUGCUAAUCUCGUUACCAGUAGCGGGCUGACAGCGGGAGCGACGCUGGUGGGGGUGCCUCAACACUCGCCCAAAGGCCGCCGCCUCCAGGUCGACACUUCCAGUAGUGAAACCACGCCCGGGGAGUUCAUCAUACUCCACGUCAGAAAUAACUUCUACAUUGAACAUUUUAAUUAUGUGGUGAUGGGCAAAGGGGUGAUGGUGUAUAGCGGCCGCGAGCCAGUGACGGACCCCGGCAUCAGCACCGUGACUACCUUCUCUCUUCCUGCCUCGACGGAGAUGGCUCCCGUCGCCCACAUUCUGGUAUGGGCGGUGACCCAGGACGGCCAAGUGGUUGCCCACGCCAUCGCUGUCCCUGUGAACCCGCUGGGAAGGCAUGAGGUCGGCAUCAGAUGGAAUGAGCACAAGGACCACUCCGGAGGCAGCGUGGAGAUGAAAAUGUUGGGCGAGACGGGGGCGUUCUUUGGCAUCUCUGCCGUGUGGGAAGAGACGCACCGGAUGGAUUCUGGCCAUGAACUGGACAAGUUCCGCGUGCUGCAUUACAUGAUGGACCUGGAGAGAAAUGACACGUCAUUUUUGGAGAUCAGAAAUUACAGUAUUCCUCACAUCCGUCGCGCCGCUACACGGUCACGUGACGGCCAGGGCUCAGAUGUUUUCUUCUUCCCGACGUCCAUGGCGGGUCCGGACGCUCCGUCCACAUUCAAUUUCAGCGACCUCGUCAUUCUCACUGACGCUGACCUCUUUUAUCACCCUCACCAUGCCUCAGAUGCACCAGACUGCAGUCCCAAUGAGCUCAAAUGCCUGACAGGGGAUUGUUAUACAAUGGAUCAGCGGUGCAACGGCGUCUACGAAUGUCCCGAUCGGUCAGACGAGGCUGGAUGUCCAAUCAACGUGGAUCCCUUGCUGAGGUUCCGCAUAAACCGCAUCAGCCGCCUGAACCGCUUCUACGACCCCGAGGACGGUGAUUGGGCGUGGGCGGACCUCCAGGAAGAGGGUAACGAGAUCAUGGUGUUCCCCAUCCCCAAACGGCCGCAGACGUGGGUUGUGUCCAUGUUUUCUGUUGGAAAGGAGUUAGGGCUCGGUCUUCUGGAAGAGAAGAUCCAGUUCGACUCUGCUGGGCCUUUUAUGCUGACACUCGAGGGUCCGCCCGUUGCCAGGCAGUGGGAACAGGUGGGGCUGCGAGUGUGCGUGUUCAACUUCCACAAAAGUAAGGUCGGUGUGCUGAUCACACUACCUCACUCUGACGACUAUCGCUCUGUCCUCGUGGAAGAAAAUGGGGUCGUUACAUCGUACAAACCGCGGACGGCGGCUGGCGAUCACCAGCACAUUGUUUGGCUGAAUCCGGGAGAGUCUCGGGACGUGCACAUACCCAUUGUGUUUACCCGGAAGGGCGCCGUCGAGGUGACCGUUAUCGGCUCCACCAUGAUGCAGAAAGACUCUCACUCUAUAACCAUUGAUGUUCAGCCUGAGGGUGUCCCCAUCGGAAAGCACACUUCCAUCCUGCUGGACCUGAAGAACCGCGCUCUUGUGUACGAUUUCAUGGACAUCGACCUGGACGAGUCCCCCAUCAUCCCCUACUCCCUCAGGAGGCGCUACAUCUACGACACCCCCAGCGGCCACAUUUCCAUUACAGGCGACGUGGUGGGUCCGGCCUUCCCGGAGGUCCCCGUCGGAACGGACAACCUGCUGGGCCUGGAGGUGAUGGGGGCGGAGACGGCGGCCUUCAACUUCGCCGCCAACCUGUGGUCGCUCCACUACCUGCGCCUCACCAACCAGAUCCAGCCGGGCAUCACCUACGAGGUCUUGACGGCAGUGAACGUGCAGUACGCUGCAAUGGCCCGCUACCAGGACGAGGACGGCGCCUUCAGGAUGUGGCCUGAGUCGGAGCCGAGCGUGUGGCUCACAGCCUACAUCCUGCGCACGCUGUGGCUGGCCAGCUUCCAGGACUGGGAGAACCUGAUCUUCAUCGACCCGAGCAUCAUGAACCGCGCCACCGAGUGGAUCCUGGGCUUCCAGACGAGCCAGGGCGCCUUCGCCGAGACGCCCAACUACAAGCACCCACUGGACUCCAAGACCAACCCGACGCCUCGCUAUCAGCUGGAGCGGGAUGGCUACAAGAACGUGUCGCUGACGGCGCAGGUGGUCCUGGCUCUGGUGAACGUCCUGCCAGGCCUUCAGGGGUCCCUCAGGGGCAGCGCCAACUCUGCCCGCGACCGCGCCGUUGGUUACUUGGAGAGAGAGCUGGAGAGCCUGCACGACCCGUACGACGUGGCGCUGGUGUCGUGGGCGCUCACCAAGGCGGACUCUGAGCAGAAGGAGGUCGCCUACAAUAUGCUGCACAGGAGGAGGAGGGAGGAAGGCAACAAGAUCUACUGGUCCCGCGAGCCGGUGGACUUCAACCCGAUGGUGUACGAGGACAGCCAGCGGCCGUUCAUCCAGCCCAAGAACGACCAGAAGUGGGACGCGCACGCCGUGGAGACGACGGCGUACGCGCUGCUGGUGUACAUGGCCCGCGACGGCAUCGGCAUCAUCCAGGAGAACAUCGUGCGCUUCCUGGCCGUCAUGAGGGAGCUGGACGGCGGCCUCAUCUCCACUCUCGACAGCGUGGCAGCCAUGGAGGCGCUGGUGGAGUACUCGUACCGGGCUCGCCUGCGAGACGUCACGAAUAUGUACGUGACGAUCGAGCACUCAGCCAACCCCAACUUCAGCGUCAACGUCCACCUCGACAACACGUUCAACCUCGCCUCGAUGAGAUCCUUUGAUUUGGAGAACAUCUGGGGCCACAUUAGCAUCGUGGGGCAUGGCUCAGGCCAGGCUCUGGUGCAGCUGGACUACAGCUACGGUGUUGACUACGAGCCUCUGCUGGACUACCCGCCCGUUCCAGCUUUCGACUUCACCGUCUCUUCAAAAUUCUUUGGGCGCAACAAUUCGCACUUGGAGAUCACAACGUGCCAGAAGUGGACGGAUAUGGAGGAGGCUGAGACGAGCGGGGUGGCGGUUGUAGAAGUGCAUCUUCCCUCCGGAUACUACGUAAUGCAAGACUACCUCAUCGACCUCGUCAAUUCGCGGACCGUCAGGAACUUACGCUGGGCGUUGAGGACUGACACGCAAGUCAAGUUUUUCUUUAACCACCUAGACAACGAGGACACUUGCGUGACGUAUGAGGUAGAACGGUGGCACCCAGUGGCCAACCAUUCCAGGUACAACAUGGCCCGCGUGUACGACCUUUAUCAGCCAGAGCGUUUUAACAUGACCAUCUUUGAGGUCUACCCGCUGUAUGGGCUGGACGUGUGUGAGGUCUGCGGCUCAUAUCAGUGUCCGUAUUGCCCGUUCUACAGCAGCGGCCUGAAGGUGGUGGCUACGCCCCUCUUGUUGGCAGGGCUGCUGGUGCUGGUGCUGGCGACCGCAGCGGCCUCCUAACAUGACAGUGUUCUUCACACUCCCGCCAACGACAUGACGCCGCGCCACAGCGAUUCCCAUUCCCACUUCAUGACAUGACGUUUCAAGACAUAUGCAUGGUUAUCUCGAUACCGGUUGGUGGCUGAGGUGACGAACUAUUAUUAGAAAGUGAAGUGUAAUAUAGACAAAUUAUAUCGAAACAAUUGGACCGUGUCUAGUUCAGAUUUCAUGAAGAUGACGCGAAGUGAAGUGAGAAUAUUAAUAAAAAUGAAAACUGCAUUUACUUGUUAGACUUAAGUGCAUAGGUAUUCACCUCAUUACGUACAAACGUGUUUUGUCUUGGAAAUGCUGUUUAUAUAUCCGUCAUAUUGAAGGAUUGUAACGGAUCUAGAACUUUUACUGAUAUUCAGAACUUUAAAUAUUGUAUGAAUAAAUGUUUUAUAUGAUA